AUGAUUCGUACCACUGGACCAGAACGUCGUCGGAGACGGCCCGUGGUGUCGUGUACUCUCUGCCGGAGGCGGAAAAUCAAGUGCAAUCGGGAAAGUCCCUGCAGUAAUUGCCUCAAGUCCCGCAAUGUGAACUGCGUGUAUCCACCACCACUACGCCAACAGGCAGAUGUCAAGUUUAGUGGCGCGCUGGGGUUGGAUCCAGUUGAUGAUGAUCUUCACGGUCCAGAGCUGAAUACAGCUUUGUCUGCAGACAGGAAAUCGAAUGAGGACAUCUGCCCACAAUUUCCAAGCUCUGCCUCCCGGUCGGUGCCGCGAAGUUCUAAACACUCCCGGGCCCUGGCAAGUCAGGCAUCCACUUCCGAAAUUGAGUCUAUGAGAAGUAAGAUCAGAAACCUGGAGGAGCAGUUGUCCAAAGUAGCCCAACAACCAGUCCAGUCACUCCACGCAAAUACCAAUGUGCGCUUCCAGACAUCCACUUCUCAGGUGACAGGUACUUUUCACAUCAAUGACGACCGUUUAGUGGGCAAGGCCCAUGCAGUAAAGCGAAGUGUCAUGCACAAGAGUCGUUUAUUUGGCCAAAGCCAUUGGGCCCACGCGGCAACCCUCUUCGGCGAUAUUUUUGAGGCAAUUGAGCCACAUGUGCGAGAGGAAACUUCAAAGGUGGCUUCACAGCUGAAGAAAUGCAAGGACCUGGCUAGAGUGAUAAAAUCGAAACGGACCCCUCCCUGGCCUACGCCACCAACCGCUGAUUUACCUCCCAAGGGUGUUGCUGACGAGCUUGUCGAGGGUUACCUUCGGACCAUCGAAACUGUGUACCGAAUUUUGCACAUUCCCACGUUCCGAAGCGACUAUGAUUCAAUUUGGGCCUCCGAUGUGAAACCUAGCACGGCGUUUCUUGUCCAAUUAAAAUUAGUGCUUGCCAUAGGAGCCACUGCGCUCGAUGAAGAGUUUUCCAUGCGGCCGUAUGCAAUCAGAUGGGUUUACGAGGCUCACACAUGGCUUUCUGAUCCUGAUUUCAAGCCUCAGCUGAAUAUCCAAUCUUUGCAGACAACUAUCCUGCUCUUAAUCGCCCGGGAAACCAUAAAUGUGGGCAAGGAUGCAACCUGGAUAUCAGCCGGCGCGCUUCUCCGAACAGCGUUGUUUCUGGGGCUCCAUAGGGACCCGUCCCGUCUCCCGUAUAUGUCAAUCUUUCUCGCUGAGAUGCGACGAAGGCUUUGGAAUUCGAUUCUGGAGCUAACCCUACAAUCAAGUCUGAUAUCGGGAGGUUCGCCUCUUAUUUCCCUCGCUGAUUUCGACGCAGAACCCCCCGGGAACUUUGAUGACGACCAACUUUUAGCUGAGGACCCCAUGCCGAAGCCAGAUAAUGUUUUUACUCAAACGUCCAUUGCAAUAGUUCUCCGGAAGACCGUCCCUGAAAGACUGGCAAUGUUAAAGCAUAUGAACGAUUUUGGUUCCUAUGGUACAUAUGAAGAAACGUUGACACUUGAUGCGGAGCUCAGAGCGUCAUACAAAACCAUAUAUCGAAUGAUGAAGGAAUACAGCGUGGGGCCCGGCUCCUCUCCUUCACAAUUUCAAAUUCGCAUGGUAGAUUUCAUUAUACAUGUUUAUCUUUCAAUUGUGCAUAUGCGGUUUUUUGCCCCUGCAUUGCGGGAGGCUCAGUAUGCCUUUUCCAGGAAAGUGGCGAUUGAGAGCUCGGUCAAGAUCUGGUGUACAGCAUACUCACACUCAUCCCUCAUGGCUGCCCAAUCAUGUGCAGGUACGGCUGUGGUUGAGCAGGACGAUUUCGCACAUCUUGUAUCCUGUGGAAGUGGAUUUUUUCGGACUGCUGUCAUGCUUUCGGGGUUAUUUAUAGCGGCCGAGCUGAGGGCACAACUCCAAGAAGAAAGCGUCGGGCCAAGCCCUUAUCGUGUUGACUUACUCGCUAUCCUAUCCGAUGCGAAAUUGCAUAGCUGGAAAUAUAUUGAGGCGGGGGAGACAAACAUUAAGGGUUAUCUGUUUACGUCUCUGAUUUGCGCCCAGAUUGAGGCGCUUAUACAGGGUUUAGACUCUGAUGAAUUCCCAAAGUUACUAGUUAAGGCGGCAGAGGACGCCGAAGAAAGAUGCCUAACAUUUUUAGAGGAGAAAGCCUCUCAGAACAGCAUGCUGGACAAUCGAGAUGGAAAAACCCAAACUUCUAUGACUAUGACGCCUAGCUUGAUGGAAGAGUGGGAUUUUAUUAUGUCUGAUGGGGGUUUCAACGUCAACGGCACGGAGCAAAUGAACUGGGGUUUUCAAGAUCAAACGAUCCAAGGCCUAUUUGCUUUAUAA